AUGAAAGUAGGAUUUAUGGAUGGUAGCUUUCCAAUGCCAGCAGAUGAUUCACCGAUUAUAUUGAGAUGGAGAAGAGCUAAUAGCAUGGUAUGCUCCUGGAUUAAGAGUUCUAUGGCUCCAGAUCUGAUGAAUCAGUUUAUGUUCAUGCAUGAUGCAAGAAAACUCUGGAAGAGUCUUGAACAACGUUUUGAAAAACAUAGGCAUGACAGUGUUCACAUUGCUGCAACUUCUGAAAACUCAGCAAUGACGAUGCAAGAAAGUGGAAAUUCAGCAAUGUUGGCACGAUCCACAGGAUGGAAGAAGGAUUAUCAUGGAAAGAAUCAAGGACAGCAGAAUUAUCAUGGUAGGAAUCAAGGAUCAGGAGGAAUUGUGCCUUAUAAUCCUGGAAUGGUGAAGAAUGUAUCACAGUCUUAUAACAAUGGUGGUUGCACAGGAGGACCAAUGGUGAACAUGGCACAUUUCCAUGAGUUUGCAGAAGCAAUUGCAAGAUCUCAAGAAUUCUAUGCAUCUUAUAUGAUGUCUCUUAGACUGCCUAAUAGGAAUAAUGUAAACUUUCAGACUUGUAAUCAUGUUUCUGCCAUAGUACCAUUUGAUAUUCUACAUUCCAAAUUAGGACAUCCUUCUUUAGAUGUUCUGUCUCAUUUAGAUGGCUGCAUCCUUGAUUCUUUCAUUUAUCAUGGACAGAAGGCAAUCAAGAAGAAAAUGGAAAUUGCUUCUUCGCAGACUCCAGUGAAUCAGAUAGUGCAAACUGUGGAAAUGGUUAGCUUAACAGAUGCAGAUGUAGUGCUCUUCCCUUGUCUUGGCUACGUUAUGAAUGGUGUAGAUGAUUUUGAUGAUUGA